AUGUUGCCCGACCUCUUCCUCAAGCAGCUCAUUGCCGUUGGUUCGAGGUGUCGAGGCGCGAGCACAUCGAUGCUGAGGCUGCCAUCUCGUCCAGUUGCUCGUCUUGUCAAGCCAGGGUCGCCAGCUUCGAGUAAUUUCGGAACGCUCUCUCCUACGGCGCCUCGCCGCUCGAAGGAUGGAACCAACAGCAACACCACCCGCAGCGAUGGACGCAUCGACCAAGUGGAGCACAUCGCAACCUCUCUGCUGGGUCGAGCUCUGCUGACGACCGGCAGUGCGCUCGGUCUACUCAACAAUCCGUCUCGUGGAGAUCUGCUGUCAAUGCUGACACAGACAUCCUCAGGACCAUCACUCGCACACCUACUCGAGUCAAUGCGCUCGACAGAAUCAGGACGCAGAUUGCUCAUCGAGCGACCGUCUGUCAACUCGGAGACGGUCGACGUCGAGUACCUUGCCAGCCUCGAGCGCGGCACAUUCGGGAGAGAAUGGGUUGAGUGGCUCAAGGAGAACGGUGUGGGUCCCGAUGGAAGGGCAGAAGCCGACUACAUGCCAACAUCGGAGCAAAAGUAUCUCAUCCAACGCUACCGGGAAUCGCACGACUUCUACCACCUGCUGCUGCGUAUGCCCGUCACGCAGCUCGGCGAGACGGUCGUCAAAUACUUCGAGAUGGCGCAAAUGCAAAUGCCUGUCGCCGGCUUCGCAGCCGUUGGUGGCACACUCCGCAUUCUUGCGUCAAAUCUUUCUUCGCUGCCGAAGCCGUCGCAGCUCAUAUCAAGAGCGCUUGGUCAGGCUGAUGCAUCACAGAACCUGCCAUCAUCAGCUGAUCUGUCGGCGCUCCAAACAUUAGUUCCCUGGGCGAUGGAAGUCGGUAGGACCUCGGUGCCACUCAUCUCGAUCGAAUGGGAGCGAUGCUGGGAGAAGAACAUUGAAGAAAUGCGUCACGAGCUGGGAAUCACUCAACCACCGAUUCACGUUGCCAAGUUUGCAGGCCGGGCCAAAAAGGGUGGAAAGAGGCGCGGAUGGCCUUCCAAGAUCUUGCAACAUGAGAAGGCGAAGCAGCAACAGCAACAAGCCCACGCCGUUCCUUCUUCAAGCUCGACGUCUUAG